AUGGCGACCAGCCCGCUGCCCGGCCCCACCGACAUCUUGCUGCCGUCGCCGUCCAGCGCGUACCCGCCGGACCCCAUGAACCAGCCGAGGGCCGGCCACGCCGCCAUGAAGCCCAACCAGGUGGGGCAGGUGAUCCUCUACGGCAUCCCCAUCGUCUCCCUGGUCAUCGACGGGCAGGAGCGGUUGUGCCUAGCGCAGAUCUCCAACACCCUCCUCAAAAACUUCAGCUAUAACGAGAUCCACAACCGGCGGGUGGCUCUGGGCAUCACCUGCGUGCAGUGCACGCCGGUGCAGCUGGAGAUCCUGCGGCGGGCCGGGGCCAUGCCUAUCUCCUCCCGCCGCUGCGGUAUGAUCACCAAGCGGGAGGCGGAACGGCUCUGCAAGUCCUUCUUGGGGGAGAACCGGCCCCCCAAACUGCCGGAUAACUUCGCCUUCGACGUGUCCCACGAGUGCGCCUGGGGCUGUCGCGGCAGCUUCAUCCCUGCCCGCUACAACAGCUCCCGGGCCAAGUGCAUCAAGUGCAGCUACUGCAGCAUGUACUUCUCCCCCAACAAGUUCAUCUUCCACUCCCACCGCACCCCCGACGCCAAGUACACCCAGCCCGACGCCGCCAACUUCAACUCCUGGCGCCGUCACCUCAAGCUCACCGACAAAAGCCCCCAGGACGAGCUGGUCUUCGCCUGGGAGGACGUCAAGGCCAUGUUCAACGGCGGCAGCCGCAAGCGGGCCCUGCCGCCCGCCCCUCCCGCCCCCGCCGCCGCCGCCCCCGCCGCCUGCCACCCGCUGGGCUCGGUGAAGGCGGCGGCCGCCGUGGUGGGCGGCGGGUUGCUGAGCCCGCACCUCCUGGCCGCCCCGCCCGAGCUCCACCAGAAGCGGCCGCGCUUCGAGGAGGACGAGGAGCUGCAGGAGGCCGUGGCGGCGGCGCACGGCGGCAAGAGCCCGCGGAGCUACCCGGUCAUCCCGGUGCCCAGCAAGGGCUCCUUCGGCGGCGUGCUCCAGAAGUUCCCCGGCUGCGGGGGGCUCUUCCCGCACCCCUACGGUUUCCCCGCCGCCGCCUUCGGCCUCUGCCACAAGAAGGAGGAGGGCGGCGGCGGCGGGGCCGAUGCCCUCGGCGGGGCGGCGGCACACAAGGCCGGCGGGGGGGCGGCGGCGGGCGGCGGGCUCUCGGGGCUCUUCUGGCCGGGCAGGAAGGACGCCGCCUUCUACCCGCCCUUCUGCAUGUUCUGGCCGCCCCGCACACCGGGCGGGCUGCCGGUACCCACCUACCUGCAGCCGCCGCCGCAGCCCCCUGGCGCCUUGGGCUGCUCGUUGGGCGACGGGGCGGGCCUGCUGCGCCAGGCCUUCCUGGACCUCUCGGAGGCCGGCGGCGAGGCGGCGGCUGCGGGGCUGGGCACGCCGCCCGCCGCCGCCGCCCCCCCGCCCGCUGCCGCCGCCGCCGCCGCCGCGCGGGACCCGCUCUUCGAGUCGCCCCCUGGCGGCGGCGCAGAGCCCGCCUCGCCCGCCGCCUCGGAGGGGGGGACCGGCAGCGGCGGCGGCGGCGGGCGGGUCCCCGCGCACCACCCGCACCUGCUGGAGGCGGCGGCCGGGCGUAAGGCGGGCGGCGGGUACCACCACUCCAGCGCUUUCCGACCGGUGGGCGGCAAGGAGGACUCGGAGAGCCUGGCCAAGCUGCACGGCGGCGGCCCGCCCCGCUCCGCCUCGCCGCCGCCGCCGCUGCAGCUGCUGCUGCCGCCGCCGCCACCGCCCGAGGAGGCGGGCUGCGAGCGGCACCCGCUCCCCCCGCCGCCGCCGCCGCCGCCGCCCCCGCACCGCCUCCUCUCGCCCGGCGGCACCAGCUGCAGCUUCGCCAGCGAGGACAGCAGCGAGGAGGAGGAGGACGAGGAGGAGGAGGAGGACGAGCCCGAGGUGGACGUCGAGGGGCACAAGCCCCCCGAGGAGGAGGACGAGGAGGAGGAGGACGAGGAGGAGGAGGGCGAGGAAGAGCCCCGCGGCGGAGACCCCUUGGCGGCCGGCGGCCGCUUCCCGCCCGCCCGGGGCCUGCCGGAGAAGGGCGGCCGGGAGCGCCCCGCCGCCGGCCCUUUCCCCCGGCCGCCCGCUGAGGAGAAGCCGGGGGAGGGCCAGGCCCCGCCGCAGCCGCCUCCCGGGGUCACCCGGGCGGGCAGCGGCGGCAGCAGCCCGGUGCACCAUCCGUCCCUGGAGGAGCAGCCCUCCUACAAAGAUAAUCAGAAGAGCAAGGAGAGUAAUCAGGUCAUCUUGCCUACGAAAGAGGACACCUUCUCAGAUAAGAACAAGGAGCAUAAUUUUUUCAUCACAGAUUCAGAGCCUGCAGGAGGAGACUUCUGGAGAGAUAUAGCAGGUGAACACACACAAGAAACCAAUUCACCUCAUUCACUGAAGAAGGAUGUAGAAAACAUGGGGAAAGAGGAACUCCAGAAGGUUUUGUUUGAACAGAUCGACUUACGGAGGAGACUAGAACAGGAAUUCCAGGUGUUGAAAGGAAACGCGUCUUUCCCAGUCUUCAAUAAUUUUCAAGAUCAGAUGAAGCGGGAACUAGCAUACAGAGAAGAAAUGGUACAGCAGCUACAAAUUAUUCCCUAUGCAGCAAGCUUGAUCAGGAAAGAAAAGCUCGGUGCACACCUCAGCAAAAGCUAAAGAAGCACAGGAUCUUUUGCAGCUGUUACCUUGUAAGUUAUAACCCACCACUCAGAAACCUG